AAUCCGAUGCCGUCUGCCAUGUGUCGAAGCGGGAGGAACCUCACAAACCGCGCAAAACAGCAGCGGGCGAGACCUGCGGGGUCAAGCGUGCCACGAGGCCUGAUAAGCCUCGGCGGAUCGAACCAACGAUUCGAUCGCGCCAGUUGGCUUGGUUUGGUCAGUGCAAAUGCAAGUGCCACAGUAGACAGACGUGCGCGUGUGUGCGUGUGUGUGUGUGUGUUUGAUUAGCCCAUCCGACAGCCGACCGGGGCGGAGACACCCGGAGACACCAUGACGGAAGUGAUCGAGAUGCUGAUGAUCAUACUGAUCGUUACGCUCUGCUUCCUGAUGAUCCCGUUCAACACGAAACCGAGUGCGGUGAUUGAGUCGCGGCGCAAGUUCGACGUGUUCGUGCGCCUGUACGACAAGCCUUAUCGGGGGGAUGCGCGCGAGUACGCGUACCGGUUCCAGAUCUUCCGCACGUCGCUCAGCAAGAUCCGCGCGCUGAACGAGCGGGCCCGCGAGGCGAACGAUACCGCGGUCUACGGCAUUACGCAGUACGCCGACCUGACCGAUCGGGAAUUCGUCGCCCGCCAGCUGGCCGACCUGCUGCCGGACGAGCCCGGCGGCGGCGGCGGUGCGGGCGGACCGCGCGCCUACCAGAAGUACGUGAUCGAGUCGCGCAGCGCGGAGAUGAAGAACGACAUCAUAUUCUCGCGCGCUCGUCGCGAUGCGCUGCCGGCGGUGCGCAAUCUACCGCCGAGAGUUGAUUGGCGGGAGCAGGGCGUCAUCUCGACGGUGAAGAAUCAGGGCGGCUGCGGUGCCUGCUGGGCGAUCAGCGUGGUCGACACGAUAGCGGCGCUGGCCGCGAUCAAGCGCAACGAUCGCAAGCUGAUCGACCUGUGCCACGAGCGGGUGGUGCGCUGCGCCGCGAACGGUAACAAUGGGUGCGACGGUGGCGACACCUGCCGCCUGCUGGAAUGGCUGGCGGAGGAAAGCUACCGGAUCGGGGCGGCCGAAUCCUGCCUGGAGCGCAACAUGGCGGACCAGGAGGGAGGGCUGAACUGUACGGGCGAGUCGGGCGUCCGGCGGGAGGACAGUGCGCUGAAUGCGACGCUGGUGAAGCGAUUCUCCUGCCAAGGCUACGAAAACGAGGAACAUCUGAUGCUGCGCCAUCUCGCCACGAAGGGACCGAUCGUGGCCGCCGUGAACGCCAUCUCGUGGAAGUACUAUCUCGGCGGUGUGAUACAGUACCAUUGCGAUUCGGACUACGAGCUGCUGAACCACGCGGUCGCCAUCGUUGGGUACGACCUGAACGCGACCGUGCCGUACUACAUCGUGAAAAACUCCUGGGGCCCCCGGUUCGGCGACCAUGGGUACGUGAAGGUGGCGAUCGGUCGGAACCUGUGCGGCAUUGCCAACCGCGUCUCCUUCAUCGAGCUGGUGUGAAGGGUGGUUUGCAGGUGUCAUGUGAUUGUUUCUUUUCAUUUAACUUUAAUACUCAACAAAUUACAUCCCGCCGUGCUGUGUUAAGCCGUUGCGAAUGGUUUACUCACCCAAUUGACAACCGUGAGGGAAGUUCACUGUUAUCUGUUAGCUUGUAAGUAAUACACACCGUUACGUUCAUUUAUAGCAAGUAUCGUUUUACUGUUCGGACUGUUCCCAUACCUUCGAUGCGUGGCAACUAUUUACAAAUCGUGUUAGCAGUUGGUUUUACUGUUGCAUUCUUCUCUCUAUCUGUCUCUCUACUUUUUUGUUUUUGCUUCCGUUCUAUGACUUUUCUUAUUUAUAAGUUUCUUGUUCCGCAGUCCCUAUCCCCUCCUCAGUACGGGGACGCUUCGCCGCGGUGCCAUUGUUCUGUUUUCUCUACUUGUAAUGCACUUUUCCGAUAACAUAAUUCAAUGUCAACGAAACACGUCCGCCAGCACAAUAAAGAGCAAAGCACCAUAAAUGGAUGUUACUGUCUACUAAAAUGGUGAACUGUUCUACUACUGUCCCACGCCCUGAAAACUUAAUUACUUUCAACGACCAUGCGCUGCUAUUUGGUGAUAUUUAAACGUACGCGUGAAGAAGGUGAACAUUUCUACAUUGCUGUCGAUGAGCGGCAAUCGUGAAAAUAGAACAGAUUAAGGGCGGAAAAUACGCUUUACCUAAAAGCUUCUUCUUCGCGAGGAAAACAACGUGUGGGCAAACGAUUCGAAGAUAAAUACUACUGCGUAUGCGCUUCCUUCCCCCCCCCCCCCCCACUAACAUACAUACGCUAUGAUCGUAAUGAUUUGGUUCAAAGAAUGGCUUUUGUGGCCGGCUCUUUCGUUAUGCCAAUUCAACAACUUUAUCGUUCUAACUACUCAGUAUAUUUGUCUUUGCUUGCAGAAGAUGAAGGUAUUGUUUAUGUAUAUAUGUGUGGUUUAAUUUCUCUGCCCACCAUGCUACACUCGAUUUACGUGUUUAAUACUCUUUAACGCGCGCGUCCCUUAAAUAAUGUCCCUCCCCUUUCCUUUUGGACUGUUCUAGCCCACCCGCGACGGAGCAUAACGGUUAUGAGCAUCGAUCGUUUUUGCCGCUCGCGGCUUGCAUGUAUUGUAUUGGUGAUUGUGUAUAUGGAAAUAUGAGUGUAUAUAUAUAAAUAUCAUCAUCCUCAUCAUCAUCAAGCAUUAAGCGAUUGAUUCACAUUCUGUUUGUUAAAAAAUAAAAUAAAGA